AUUGCAAUAAGAGGGCAAGAGAGGUGGGGGCAGAAUGACGUUGAUUCGGGGCUAUUGAUCUCUCCUUACCCUCUAUAUGGGGUCAGUAGUUUGAUCAGAGCGCGCGCAGGAUCACACAGAAGAGCCACACACGCGCUUUUGCCAUGCAACACGGAGCGGUGCGCGUUUAGAGAUAUCCAACAGGACAUUCAUCAACAAUCCGAUCCCGUCUGUAUCUAAACUGAUGACGGGAAUAAAUCAGAUUAUCCAGCAGGACAGGAGAGCGACACAAUAUAUCUCUGAAGAAAAGUAACUGGUGUGGAUACGUUCAGGAUCAACAGAUCUGAUCAUGAAUCCGGUCCGAAUCUCCGUGAUGAUGAUGUUCUUCUUCGCUUCUGUUCAUAUCUCGUGCCCAUCGCAGUUCCCCAGUCCUCCCAUGAUAAAAGAAUGGGUCGAUAAACUGCAGCAGGAGCUGGUUGGUCUAGCAGACACAGCCAGCGCUGGGAAAAAUCUAAAACAGAUCUUCAUGGAUAAUCAGAAUUUAUUCACUGUGAAAACAAAUAAUGCAGCACAGCUUGUGGAAUCGGCAGCUCGCAAUAUAGAAAGUUUUUUGAAGAAGCGAGCUGCAGCUCUAGAGACUUUGGCAACUGCAGCUGAGAAAUUCCAAAUGGAGCAUCAAUGGAAAGAUGAAUUUGAAGACAAUGAUAUAGUUUACUUUAAUGCCAAGGAUAAUCUUGAUGCCAAUGAAACCGAAGGAAGGAAAAACCGGAUCAGACCUGAAUUUAAAGAAGACCCGUCAUUCAAAAACCGCUUCACCUCCUACAACUAUACGGGUGUGCAUAUCCCUACGGACAUAUAUGAUGGCUCCACCAUUGUUUUAAAUGAGCUGAACUGGACUGAAGCAUUGGAAGAUGUCUUUAAGAAAAACCGAGAAGAGGAUCCAACGCUCCUAUGGCAAGUGUUUGGCAGUGCUACAGGAUUAGCUCGCUUUUACCCAGCUUCCCCUUGGAUGGAUGCCAGGAAAACACCCAGUAAAAUCGACCUCUACGAUGUGCGCCGGCGACCUUGGUAUGUUCAAGGUGCAGCUUCGCCCAAGGACAUGCUGAUUCUUGUUGAUGCGAGCGGAAGUGUGUCUGGACUGACCCUUAAACUGAUCCGAACUUCUGUUAGUGAAAUGCUGGAGACACUUUCCGAUGAUGAUUAUGUCAAUGUUGUCCAUUUCAACACAAAAGUGAACAACACAGCAUGUUUCGACCACCUGGUUCAAGCUAACGUUCGCAAUAAGAAGAUCUUGAAAGAUGCAGUACAGAACAUUACAGCCAAGGGCAUUACCAACUAUACCAAAGGAUUUGAAUUUGCAUUCAAUCAGCUUUCAAAUCCAAACAUCAGCAGAGCAAACUGCAACAAGAUUAUAAUGUUGUUUACUGAUGGAGGUGAGGAGAGGGCUGAAGACGUCUUCAGCAGAUACAAUAUUGACAAAAAGGUGCGAGUGUUCACGUUCUCUGUUGGUCAACACAACUAUGACACAGGGCCAAUAAAGUGGAUGGCCUGUGCUAACAAAGGAUAUUUCUAUGAAAUCCCUUCCAUUGGAGCCAUCCGCAUAAACACGCAGGAAUAUCUAGAUGUUUUGAGUAGGCCGAUGGUCCUUGCAGAUGCUAAACAAGUGCAGUGGACCAAUGUUUACCUGGACGCUCUGGAGUUGGGCCUAGUCAUCACAGGUACACUACCUGUGUUCAACAAGACCAAAUCCAGGGUAGGAGAAUCUCAGAACCAGCAUCAGAACCAGUUGAUUUUAGGAGUGAUGGGGGUGGAUGUGUCUCUCGAUGAUAUCAAAAGAUUGACGCCCCGCUUCACAAUUGGUCCUAAUGGAUAUUAUUUCGCAAUCGACCCUAACGGUUACGUGCUGCUCCAUCCAAACCUGCAACCAAAGAACCCCAAAUUCCAGGAACCUGUUACACUGGAUUUUCUCGAUGCAGAGCUGGAAAAUGAUAUUAAAGUCCAGAUACGGACUUUGAUGAUUGACAGAGACCCUGGGGAGAAAACGAUCGAAACGCUUGUAAAAUCUCAAGAUGAGAGAUACAUUGAUCGAGGAAUCAGGACAUACACCUGGGCACCAGUUAACGGGACAGAUUACAGCCUGGCCUUGGUCUUGCCUGAAUACAGUCUGCAUUACAUCGAGGCAAACCUGGGGAACACCAUAAAACAAGCCAUGUCACAAUGGGGGAACAAGGUCUCUGAGACCAUGCAGCAGGAGAAAUUUGAGGAAUAUGGGUAUACCUUUAUUGCACCCAGGGAAUACUGCAAGGACCUAAAAGUGACAUCCAACAACACCCAGUUCCUGAUGGACUUCAAUGAGUACAUUGACAGAACAACACCAAAUGAUCCCAUGUGUAACGUUAGUCUUGUAAACCGGUUGCUGCUGGAUGCCGGUCUCACGGCGGAUCUCGUCAAAGUCUGGAAGGAGCAGAGUGUAGAUGGAGUUUUGGCCCGGUUUGUGACUACAGAUGGAGGCAUUACACGUGUGUAUCCUAAAAGUGCUGGGGAAGAAUGGGGUGAAAACUCUGAGACCUAUGACUCAAGUUUUUACAAAAGGAAUCUGGACAAUGACAUCUACAUCUUCACUGCCCCAUACAUCAACAAGAGCAGAGAGUCUGGUUAUGAGUCUGGUAUCCUUGUCAGUAAAGCAGUGGACUUGGACAUUAAUGGAGCAAAACUCAAACCUGCUGUGGUGGGAGUCAAACUCAAUGUGUCGGCCUGGAUGAACAGCUUCAUAAACGCUACCACCAAGAAAAAUUGCAAGGAUGAGAUCUGCGGGUGCCUCAGGAAUGAUAAGCAAGUGGACUGUGUGAUUCUGGAUGAUGGCGGCUUUCUGCUCAUGUCCAAUCAGGAUGAUUAUAUCACGCAGAUUGGUCAGUUCUUUGGUGAAGUGGACCCUGUUUUGAUGAUCACUCUGGUCAACUCUUCGCUGUUCUCUUUUAAUAAAACCUACGACUACCAGUCCGUCUGUGACCCAGAGAGAGAAACUAAAGCUGCUGCAGGACCCCGUUCUAUAUACGUGCCAACGAUAGCAGAUAUGCUAACUGUAGGCUGGUGGGCCUCCACUGCAGUCUGGGCAAUUUUGCAGCAGCUUCUUCUCAGUCUGACUCUCCCAAAUGUCAUGGGCACAGCAUACUCGGAGGAUGACCUCUCGGAUGCGUUCUCCAAAGAGAGCUGUAUCACCGAACAGACUCAGUAUUUCUUUGAGAACGAGAACAAAUCUUUCUCUGGAGCUAUGGACUGUGGAAACUGCUCCAGAAUGUAUCUGGCGGAGAAGCUCCCUAACACGAAUUUGGUGUUUUUAAUCUCUGAUGCAAAGAGUUCCUGUCUCUCCUGCGAUCCCAAACCACUGAGACAAGCCGAACAGCCCUCUACUGGUCCUGACCCAUGUGUGCUGGCCCAGAACCCUCGGUACAGAAAAGGACCGGACGUCUGCUUCGACAACAACAUAGACGAGGACGCGACUGACUGUGGUGGAGGCUGCAGUUUGAGUCCGUCUCUCGGGAUGAUGUUGGCUCUUCAGCUCCUUCUACUCUGGCUGCUGACUGGAACAAGAACAUAUUUGUCCUGACCAGAGCGAAUCUACAGACUAGAAAAAAACAACUACUGACUGAACUACUUACUAUACAGACCACAAAAUAACCACACUUCGACUAUACAAUCUAAGACUGUCCGUUAGUCAACCCAAAACAAUUUGACUAACGCAGAUACAGAACUACUGUAAAAUUGACACGGCUCAUCAACUCACUGCCAAAUCUUGUCCUCUCAGACCAACUAGAAACGGAAACACGGUCAGACACGAGAGACAGAUACUGUAUAUGCUCUUAUUUUAUUCUAUUUUAUUUUUUCUUGACCUCGCAACAGAAGCCACAUUAUGAUCACACAAAUGUUUCAUGCAAAAUGUUUAGUGCCACAAACAGGCUUUAAUAAUGUGUAAACAAUGUGGUCAGAGACGGCUCGAGCACCAGCCUGGAUCUGAAGCAUGAUUUAAUGGUACAUGGAAGACUGUUCAACUCUGGAGCUCAUUAUGAAUUCAGCUCGAAGUGAGCUUUGCACCAGUAGUAGGUCAGUGAUGUCACACUCAAGCCCUUUAGGCCCAUAGAGGGCUGUUUUUCUUGUUUUAUGUUCUUUGAUUUCUUUGCUAUGUGCAGUAAGGGAAAUCUCAUGAAGACAUUUGUUGGUCACAUUUCACCCCUCCCCCCAAAAAAUAAAUCUACAAAAUAAGUAUAUAAAUAAACAUGGUGUGUAUAUAUAUAUAUAUAUAUAUAUAUAUAUAUAUAUACACACAAAUACAAUUUAGCUUUACACAUUUAAGUUUAAUAAUUAAUUUAUUAAUUAUUAUUAAAAUGUAUUAAUUUUACAUUACAGUAAUGAGAAUAAGUAGCGAGAAUUUACCAUUAUGAAAAUCAUUUAUACAAAAAAAUUUCAGAUUUUUUUUAUUUUUUAUCAUGGGAUGGUACAGUAUAUGACCUGGUAAUUUCUUUGCAGUUUUUGUUAGAUUUACCCAGCAUGAUUUUUAAUUUGUGCAAAUUGUAUUGUUCUUUUUCCUAGGUCGUUUGGCUUAAUUCUUUUGUUGGCAAUUUUCUAAGAGAUCACCAGAUAGCUUUAUCUUUAAAGAUAUUUAAAAAAAACAAAAAAAAAAAAAAAACUGAAAGCAUCUGAUAUAAUCAUUGGAGAAAAAGUGUCAUGUUGAAUGUCAUGAUUCACUACGGAAAGAUUAAUUGUGCGAUCAAACCACACUUGAGCAGUGCAUCAUCUGAUGCGAAAUGCAGACCGCACUAAAAGACUGAACAGGCUCCAAUAAGGGUACCAAAUCCUUUUUUUGUUGUGUCAAAAGUCACACGCUCGCGUCCAAGGGUCCAGAGCAUGUUGAAUGUGCUUUGUUACCCUCCCCAUCCUGUCUUCUGGGCCCCCCUAUCAAACGAUUGUGUGUUUUACUGUAUGUCAUCCAGAUACUUCAUCUGUCAGAUUUUGUUCCAGCAUGACAGACAUGAUAUCACAAGCGUGUCAGAUAUUACAUCCACAUGUUGAACCACUAUGCGAAAACACAGCACAUGACAGGUUAUAAAAAUGUUAAACCCUGGAGAAAUGUGCGUUUAAGAUGGCUGAAUGUAUGUUUAUUUUAUUUAUUUAUUUAGCUUUACGAUAAAAAGUCCAUGUAUGAGAUUAGGUGAUAUCAAUCAAAACUAUUGCCAACAGGGAACAUUUCCAUGUGUUCCUUUUGAAUGUUCUGAACGAAAAAUGAAAUGCUUAUCCAUCCUUAUCCAAAGGCCAAGUAUCCAGGAAUAAAAUAACACGCUUAUCUCUUCGUUUCAGAGGUGUUUUAACAUUUUUGACGUCUAUUUUUAAAAUAUAAACAUACACUCAGUGUUUGCAUGAGUAUGGAGCUUAAAUAGAUUUUUUUUUUAUUUCUUUGUUCUAGCCUUUAUGAUGAGGAGGCUGUUAAAGUGACGUAAUUCUACAGUGAUAAUAUUAAGUGCAACUGAAUUUAAAGGCGGAAGGUUUAAUGUUGUGGUGAUUUCCAAAUGAGAAUGAAAUAUUAUAAAACGCACGAGAUAGAUCUUAAUAAAGUGUGUGUUUAGUUUACUGGAUGUUCGCGAAAUAUCGCUCGCACCUGUGAGUCCACGUCAGACUUUUUCCUUCGGAAUGAGAUUAAUUUUUCUUUCUGUCUUCACUGAUGUAGCAUUGAGUUACAGACCGAAAUAUGCAGUGCAUUUAUGAAUCAUUACAGACGUUUUGGACCCCUCGGAGGGUUUCCGUGGUCUGGAUUUCUCAUCUCAGGCCUGAGGUGGAGGCCAUAGGAUGUAACAUUUAAAUACCUCACCAAACGACGUUGCGAGAUGUGAUUUGAUCCAAGAGAGCUAUAGUAACUCCCCUCUUUACAAACUAAACCAUGUUUAAAACGCCAGUGAAAUAUACACAAACCCCGCAGAGGCCGUUUGAACGCAAAUUGAUCCCAUGCCAUGGCCGAUGAAGAACGUCCGCAAAACAUGAGACAGGUUAAUGACAUGAUUAUGUUAAAACUAAAAACUCAAAAUCUGGCAGUGCCUACAUGGUUAGUCAAGAAGAGCGAAUUACUUAAAAGUAGCAUUCAGCUGGGAAUUUUAUUGGCUUGCUGCAAAAAAAAAAGUGUUUUCAUAUGUUCUCCAUCAUGGUGGAGUUCAAGAAGCUGAUUUUUUAAACUUUUAAUAUUACAAAAAACAAAAAAAAAAGAAAAUUGCUUCACUCUUAAAAAUAAAGGUUCCAAAACGUAGAACCAUCAUUCUUCGUUCACCAAAGAAUCAGAAUCAGAAACAGUUUUUUUUUUUUUUUUCUUGGAGUGAAGAACUAAAAAAAUCUAAGUGAAAAAAAUCUAAAAAACCUUUUUUCCACUAUAAAGAACCUUACAUGAAAUGGAAAAGGUUCCAUGAAUGUAAAAGGUUCUUCAUGGAACCAUUGAUGCCAAUAACCUUUAUUUUUUAGACUGUUUUGUGGAUCCAUUAUAAAAAAAAAAAGUAGUGGAAACCAGACACUCCAAAGUCCAAAUGAAAAUCUGUUUUAAUAAAAAAAA